UAGACCAAUCACAGAUCGAUGAACUGGGGAAUUUAAAGGCGGUCACCACUUUUGACGUCAUUGAAAGAGAGGGUAAGGAAAAGUGGUCGUUUUCCUUUUCAGUAAGCAACAACGGCAAUGUCGGCCACUGCGAAUGACGGAGAUCGCAUCAGCCAAUUCAAAAACAAGGGAAAGGACACCAACGAGUUGAGACGCAGGAGAGUCGAGGUCAACGUUGAACUUCGAAAGGCAAAAAAGGAUGACCAACUUCUCAAAAGAAGGAACGUUAGCAUCUCUCCUGAUGAGCCUACAUCUCCACUCCAAGAGAAGGACCAAAAUGCACAGCCCUCGCAGCACUGGACAGUUGAGGAGAUUGUGGCUGGUGUAAACAGUCACAUCCUGGAUCACCAGUUGCAGGCAACGCAGGCAGCCAGGAAGCUGUUGUCCAGAGAGAAGCACCCUCCCAUCGACCACAUCAUCGAUGCCGGGCUCAUCUCCAACUUCGUCCAUUUCCUAAGCAUGGUUGACUGUCCUCCAAUUCAGUUUGAGGCAGCCUGGGCCCUGACUAACAUUGCUUCUGGCACAUCUGAGCAAACCACAGCGGUUGUGGAUGGAGGAGCCAUCCCAGCCUUUGUCAGCCUGGUGACAUCCCCUCACCCCCACAUCAGUGAACAGGCUGUCUGGGCCCUGGGCAACAUAGCUGGUGACGGCUCAAACUACAGGGACAAGGUGAUCAAGCACGGUGCCAUCGACCCCCUGCUAAGCCUGCUGGCUGUUCCUGACCUGUCAGCGUUGACUUCUGGUUACCUGAAGAACGUGACAUGGACCCUGUCCAACUUGUGCCGGAACAAGAACCCGGCCCCACCGCUAGCCUCCGUCCAGCAAAUGCUGCCCACCCUGGUGCGCCUGCUCCACCACCACGACAAGGAGGUGCUGGCCGACACCUGCUGGGCUGUGUCCUACCUGACCGACGGCCCCAACGAGCGCAUCGAGGUGGUGGUGCAGGCCGGCCUGGUGCCCCGCCUCGUCCAGCUGCUUGGCUGCGGGGAGCUUACCAUCGUGACUCCCUCCCUGCGGUCGCUGGGCAACAUUGUGACUGGCACAGACGAGCAGACUCAGCACGUGCUGGACGCCGGCGCCCUGGCUAUGUUCCCCGCACUGCUCUGCCACCACAAGUCCAACAUCCAGAAAGAGGCUGCCUGGACUCUGUCCAACAUCACAGCUGGCAAGGACACCCAGAUCAAGGAGGUCAUCGAUGCCAAUCUGGUACCGCUGCUUGUGGAAGUCCUCAGAAAGGGAGAUUACAAGACCCAAAAGGAGGCUGUGUGGGCCAUCACUAAUUACACCAGUGGGGGGACGGUGGAGCAGGUGGUCUACCUGGUACAGGCCAACGUGCUGGAGCCCCUGCUCAACCUGCUCUCUGCCAAGGACAGCAAGACCAUCCUGGUCAUUCUGGAUGCCAUCACCAACAUUUUCCUGGCAGGAGAGAAGAUUGGUGAUGUGGAGAAGCUAUGCUUGAUGAUUGAGGAGUGUGGUGGACUGGACAAGAUCGAGGCGCUGCAGUCCCAUGAGAAUGAAAUGGUCUACAAGGCCUCCCUGAACCUCAUCGAAAAGUACUUCUCUGGCGAGGACGAGGAAGAUGAGUCCGUUGCUCCAGAAACCACAACUGAUGGCUAUGCCUUUGAGAUCCCUGAAAACCAAAGCACUUUCAACUUUUAAAUGUCUGUCAUACCUGUCUGUCUUUUUCUAUGUGUACUCUAGUCCCUCUGGUUUCACACGUGUACAGACAUCUGUUUUAGUACAGCCUGUAAAUAAACUUUGAUAAGAAAUUUCA